CUCAGUUCCUCUUCCGCAAAUUUCUCACCCAGAACCCCUCUUUCUCUGUCUCUCUCGCAUUUUCUGAGUACCAAAUGAACUCCUCAGAAACCUCUUCAAUCCCCUCCAAGACCUCGAAGAAGGCCCUCUUUCACUCCCGAAAACCUAAUCCUAACCAAUUGAGCUCCAAAACCCCAGAGAAGCUCGCACAGCUCCCCCGCCGUGGCCGCUCGCUCAACCGUGGCGUCGCGCUCUCGAUCAAUGAAGUCCGAAAGGUUGCUGAGAGCCUCCACGAGCGAUCGCCUGGCCGGUCGGGCCGGCCAAAGUCCGCCAGAAGGCAGAUUGAAUCCUGGACCGACGAGAGCCCGGCCCGCAAACCCAAGAAACCCGCUGGAGAGACCGUCAAGCUACCGGAAAAGUAUGAGAUUCUUGGUGAGUUUUUUGAUAGCUUGGAUAGUUCGAUUCGGUUGUUGCGGUUGAAGGGUUCGACACCGACUUUCACGAAUAUUUGCCCGAAAAUCGAGUCUUUAACUGAUAGGAGGUUUUCAUAUAGUCACUUGGCUCAGUUGAAGUUUAUUUUACGCGAAGCAAUUGAGGUAAAGAGGAUACUUGUGUUUGACGAGCGGACUAGUUGUAUGAAGCCAGAUCUACAUGUUUCUAUCAAUAUUGAUGCGAUAGAAAAUGAUGGGAAGUUGAAAUCUGAGAGCGGGAACAUGCAUUUGAGGAAGGUCUUCCGUGCGCGGCUUGUGGAUUUUUCAAAAUCCCAUCCUGAGGUCAAUGAAAUUCCGGAGGAAACAUUGCCUGAACCAUUUAAUCGUCCAAAACUAGAUGUCAGUUCAAACAUGAGCAAAAUACCCACCUCAUCAUUUCCUCUUAAGACAUCAACUGGUGCACUAACGGCUCAGCCAUCCGGAGUAUCAGAAACCUGCAUUCAGGGUGAUGAAAUUCCAGAAGGAAUAGAGAAAGAUCUGAAUUCAUACAUAAAUGAAGCUCCCAGCUUGUCAUUGCCUAGGGCAACAUCAACUGAAGAACCUAACAAUCAGCAACCAGCAGGAGCAUCACAUCUCCCUCCAUCUUUCCGUAAGUGCUUCUCACAUAAAGUCAGGAGCAAUGAAGCAGAGAGUGGUUCUCAAAACUUUUCAAGGACUUCCCUCCGACCUUCAUAUCUUCCAGUUCAAGAGUCACUCAUUAACAAGAGUUCCUCAAAAGAGGAAACUAGUUCUGCUGUUGCUCCUUUCCCAGCAAAUUUGUCAUCUAAACCAAACAACAAUGGAAAGCAUGUAGCAUUUUGUGCUUCUCCUGCUUGUUUCCCACCAUCUUACCCACCUGCAACCCCAAGCAAAGAGUUAGAUGCCCUGGAUAGUGAAAAUGGUUCUCCCACAAAAAUUGUUAAGAUCAAUUCUACUCCUGCAAAACUUGCUUCCACUCCAGCUAGGCUGAUGAAUGUGACACCAGCAUUGCAUCCGCCAAAGAGAUGUUAUAUGAGCCCAGAGGAUGAUUCUACUAGCUCACCAAACAAAUUAGUUAGGCGUCUGCCCCGUUCCAGGUCAUUAAAAUUUGACACUCCCAUAAAGAAUGAAAACAUUGUGGAUGAAAUAGAUGGCGUGGGAGGUGUUUCACUUGAUAAUGAUAUCUUUGAUAUUCUUCCAGAGAAUCUUCUGCAAUCGUUACGAGAGAAAGAGAGGAAGGCAAUAGAGGAGCGAGAUCCUGCGAUCUCACAAGCAAAGAGGAGGCGACAAAUGAUUGCUUGUCUACCUAAGCUCUUUAACAUGAUUCACUUCUUAUUCCAGUCUAUUAAUCAGACCGUUAUCACAAAAGAGGAGCUAAUACACAAGAUAAUUGCAAACCAAUGUGACAUUGUUGACAGAAGAGAAGUUGUAGAGCAGCUGAACCUCUUGCUAGAACUAGUUCCGGACUGGAUUUCAGAAAAGUUUCCAUCUGGAGGGGAUUCACUCUUCCGUAUAAAUAAAGCAUCAAGUCCUGAGUCAAUACGGGCACGGCUUGAAGAAGCAAAGUGAGCUAGAGCACGAUAUGGUUUCUAGGAAAUUACUGUAAAGAAGCAUGUUGGGGAUUGUCUACAAUUUUCUUUAUGAUGGGCUAUUUGUAAAUAUUUUUAGCCUAAUUCUUCUAUGUUAACUAUAAAGGAGUAGAUUUUGAAAGCCGACUCAGGUGGUUAGGAUGAAGGCUUUUGUCUAGUAUAUUAAUUACAUAGCAAGAUUAUUUAAAAGAAAGCUUGCUUAAUUUGAAUGCGAAAGAAGCAUCAGGCAUGUUUGUAAGCAGCCGAUUGAAUCAUGAAUUUUAUAGAUGAAGUCCUUAAGAGGUUUUUCCU